CGGAACGCCACUUUGCUCUUCCAGUGCAUCUUUCGGCUCACAGCAGUCGGCGGUGAACAGUGACCUUCUCGGGCAGAGCACAGCGAUUAACACACACAUUAGAGAUGGCAGGUGGUGUAUUUGCUGGCUGGUGGACGAAGCUAGGGCCUUACUACUCCAAGGCAUACCAGGAGUUGUGGGUUGGUGUAGGAAUCAUGACUUACCUUUACUACAAAGUCUCCUAUGGAGGAAAGAAAGCAGUGAAGUCCAAACCUGCACACUGAUCGGACCACCACAUGAUGUCGCCAUUGCCCCAUACCUGUGUAAAUCUCUCCCAGAAGAGCUUCACUGGCACCAGGAUGUUUGUGUAUGUUUCUGUGAAAUUAAUAAAAUGCUCUGUUUGGAUCACCUAAUGGA